AUGAAAGUGGUGGCGUUGGUCAGCGGCGGCAAGGACAGCACCUAUGCAAUGAUGAAAUGCGAGCAAUAUGGCCACCAGAUAGUGGCGCUGGCUAAUUUGAUGCCGGUUGAUGAAGCUCAAGAUGAGCUUGAUAGUUACAUGUAUCAGACAGUGGGGCACCAGAUAAUUGUUAGCUAUGCAGAAUGCAUGGGGAUUCCUUUAUUCCGUAGACGUAUUCAGGGAUCAACUAGGCAUCAUGGCCUUAGCUACAAUAUGACCCCUGGGGAUGAGGUUGAAGACAUGUUUAUCCUUCUAAAAGAAGUAAAGCGGCAGAUACCCUCUGUAAAUGCAGUCUCCUCAGGUGCAAUUGCGUCUGACUAUCAAAGGCUGCGUGUUGAAAGUGUAUGUUCGAGGUUAGGGCUAGUCUCGUUGGCAUAUUUGUGGAAGAAAGAUCAGUCAUUGCUACUUCGCCAAAUGAUACAAAGUGAGAUUAUUGCAAUCACGGUAAAGGUUGCAGCUAUAGGGCUAGACCCUUCAAAGCACUUGGGAAAGGAAAUAGCACAGUUGGAGUGCCACCUUCACAAGCUGAAAGGCUUAUAUGGGAUAAAUGUAUGUGGUGAAGGAGGAGAAUAUGAAACACUAACUCUUGACUGCCCCCUCUUCAAAAAUGCUCGAGUUGUGCUUGAUAAAUCUCAAGUUAUCUUACAUUCAUCAGAUCAAAUAGCUCCUGUAGGUGUUCUUCAUCCCUUGGAAUAUCAUUUGGAGAAGAAGUCGGUCUCGUUAUCUAACGACAAAGGUAAUGAAUUACCCGUUGGAGAAUUUGGUUCAGUGUGUGAAGUGCUGGGAGAUUGCUCAGGUGUUGUUGAAGACCCAUGCAAGAAAGUUGAUGUAAAUUGUCACUUAGCAACAGAUACAAAACGAGAACUUCACAUCUCAAAAUCUAGGAUGGAUGGUACUUUUUCGAUUGCUUGCUGGCUGCCAGAUGACUCUCAGACCUCAGCAGAUGUGAGGGAAGACCUCGAGGUGGUUUUAACAAAAAUUGAGGUGCUGCUUAAUGAACAUGAUUGCUCCUGGGAGAAUGUUCUGUAUAUACAUCUAUAUAUUGCUGAUAUGAAUGAGUUUGCACCAGCAAAUGAUCAAUAUUUGAAAUUUAUUACUCAUGAGAAGUGUCGGUUUGGUGUGCCAUCACGUUCUACAAUAGAACUUCCGCUGCUGCAAGCUGGUUUGGGGAGAGCGUAUAUGGAAGUCUUGGUUUCGAAGGAUAAUAUUAAAAAUGUUUUGCAUGUUCAAAGUAUUUCCGAGUGGGCUCCUAGUUGUAUUGGCCCCUACAGUCAGGCAACCUUGCAUAAGAACGUUUUGUAUAUGGCUGGCCAAUUGGGACUUGACCCACCAACAAUGUUGCUACGUGAAGGGGGUCCUGUGUUAGAGUUUCAACAAGCAUUAGUGAAUGCAGAGGCUGUUGCAAAAUGUUUCAACUGCUCAAUAUCGACAUCUGCUGUUGCCCUCAUCAUUUACUGUUCGAAAUCUUUGAGUACUACAGAUAGAGCUUGCAUUGAGAAUCAGAAGGAUGUUUGUCUUGCAGAAAUGAAGUUGCAGUCAUUAAGUGGAAGCCAGUCCAGAGUGCAUGCGUUGAAUGAUCCUGUUGUUUUAUACAUUCUUGUUCCGGAUCUACCCAAAAGAGCUUUAGUGGAGGUAAAACCCCUGCUUGACAAUAGGGAGAAUCUGGAGUCUCCAACAGAUUCCACCAAACAAGUUGUACGCACGAGACAAGCAUACUGGGGAUUUCAGCCUGAAAGCUGGCAUAACGACUGUCUGCAGAAAUGUACCAUUAGCGGAAGAAUAUGUGUAGCUGUCGUGUCCAUCACAAAGGAAAUCGCAACAAAGAUCUGUUCCAACACUAUUAGCAACGAGCCAACAAUUCAAGUAAUUACUGAUAAGCACCUGUCAAAGAUGGCAGAAUUUUGCAUCUAUCUUCUUGACAAUGUUCUUCUAGAAAAUGAUUUUUCUUGGGAUAAUGUGCUGAAUUUGCGGAUCUAUUUCACGGCAAGUCCUCACGCCAGCCAUGGACUGCUUUCGACAAUCUUCACGAAUGCAUUCAAUGAAUUUGGUGAGAUGAGCAAAAGAAUCGACAAUACAGAUAAAGGGCCGAUAUUCAACCUUGUUCCUGUUUUGGGUGCUGGGAUGUCUCUAACAUCCAUGGACGAAAGUAUAUUUACAUGUGAGCUAUUUGCAAAUACAUUUAAUUGUCUAUAG